GUCGGCUUAUGGAGGAGUUUUUAACCUCCCAACUGUGCCUCUCUCACAUAUGAAAAGUCAAAUAUUACAGACACAAUUCUCCAAGUCUCAGUUUUCUGAACCAAUCUGCUUCUGUUAAGUUUCAAAAACUGCCAGCCUUGAAAAGACAAGAACAUCUAUUUUUAUAUCUUUUACUUAGUUAUCUUGGUAUAUCUCUAUUACUCAUCCUCAUAUGAAUCAAAAGAAUAUCCCGGAUUUUUUUUAUUGGGUUUGUUGUAAUUCUGUUGUUGAGUAGAAUAUUAAGAAGGUUGCAAGCAAUGAAAAGGGGAGAAAAGUUUAUCCAAUUUUCGUUUUCCAUAGGAGGAACCUUGUCCUAGAAACAAGGCCCUGUGCAUCCCUUACCUCUGCUCUUAUCACACACACACAAAGGUCUUAUAUAUUCCAAACCAAAUCAAUAGCUAAACACUUACCCUUUUGCUUAGGCCAGUCGAAACUAAGGUACAAACAUGGAUAUAGAACUCCCUGCUGCAACUGCCAAUGAAUCACAACAACAAAAGUUUGCUCUACCUGUGGAUUCUGAAAACAAGGCCACUGUGUUCAGAUUAUUUUCCUUAGCCAAUCCCCACAUGAGAGCUUUUCACCUAUCAUGGGUCUCUUUCUUUGCAUGCUUCGUGUCUAGCUUUGCUGCACCACCCCUUCUCCCCAUAAUCCGCGACAACCUCAACCUCACAGCCACUGACAUUGGAAACGCCGGCGUGGCGUCGGUCUCAGGAGCCGUCUUGGCAAGAAUUGCGAUGGGAACAGCCUGUGACUUGGUCGGACCGCGCCUGGCCUCUGCAUCAUUAAUUCUCCUCACAGCACCGUUUGUGUACUUCACAUCCAUCAUCAACUCUUCCACCUCUUACCUUCUAGUUCGGUUCUUCACCGGCUUCUCGCUGGCCACAUUUGUAUCUACCCAGUUCUGGAUGAGCUCCAUGUUCUCUGCUCCGGUGGUUGGUUCAGCCAACGGAUUCUCUGGUGGAUGGGGAAACCUUGGAGGAGGGGCUACCCAGCUCAUCAUGCCUCUAGUAUUCUCCCUCAUCCGCGACAUUGGCGCUUCCAAAUUCACUGCGUGGAGGAUCGCAUUCUUUGUCCCUGCCAUGUUCCAAAUGCUAACAGCAUUCUCCAUCCUCUUAUUUGGUCAGGACAUGCCCGAUGGGAACUUCCACCGCUUGAAGAAGUCAGGGGAAAAAGCCAAAGAUGAUUUCUCUAGAGUUUUGUUUCAUGGUGUUACUAACUAUAGGGGAUGGAUUCUAGGGUUGACUUAUGGAUACUGCUUUGGGGUGGAGUUGACCAUAGACAACAUCAUUGCUGAGUACUUCUAUGAUAGGUUUAAUCUCAAACUCCACACUGCUGGAAUCAUUGCUGCAAGCUUUGGCUUGGCUAACUUUUUUUCUAGGCCUGGUGGGGGUUAUAUAUCUGAUGUAAUGGCUAAGAGGUUUGGCAUGAGGGGAAGAUUGUGGGCUUUAUGGAUAUGCCAAACCUUGGCUGGUGUUUUCUGCAUAAUUCUUGGCCUGGUGGGAUCUUUAAGUGUAUCCAUUGUUGUUAUGAUCAUAUUCUCUGUGUUCGUCCAAGCCGCGUGUGGAAUGACCUUUGGGAUUGUUCCUUUUGUCUCAAGAAGGUCAUUAGGAGUUAUAUCUGGAAUGACAGGAGGAGGAGGCAACGUGGGAGCAGUUGUCACCCAACUAAUUUUCUUCAAAGGAUCCAGAUUUUCAAAAGAAAGAGGAAUCACUCUAAUGGGAGCCAUGAUCAUAAUAUGCAGCCUGCCAAUAUGCUUAAUCUACUUUCCCCAAUGGGGUGGCAUGUUCUCUGGUCCUUCAUCUAAAAAGGUCACAGAGGAAGAUUACUACUUGGCUGAGUGGAACUCAAAGGAGAAGGAGAAAGGCUCCCAUCAUGCAAGCUUGAAAUUUGCUGAUAAUAGCAGAAGUGAAAGAGGCAGAAAGCUGAAUGCUUCAACCGAGCUUACCGAGGAAAUCACACCCCCACAUGUUUGAUUGCUCCUCUUGAACUUCUUAAUGUUAACCCUUGUACCUUCACUUAAGCCUGCCCCUGAAGUUUGUGAUAUCAAAUCAAUGUGUGUUCAUAUGUUUGCUAUAUAAUGAAGCUUUCCUUGGGAAGUGAAAUGGUUCCAAGACUGUUUAAAUUUUCUGCUUUGAUAUCUCGUUAUUAUUCCCUA